AUGUCAACGAUACAGAAUCUCAAGAACUUCAUCCGUCACGGCAAGCAGGCGCGGGACCAAAACCCAAAGUCACCGCCUGACCAACCUGCCGUGUCUAAUGUCCACGCCCAGCGUCACCACAACACACAGCAUGCCUCACCAAGGCAACAAGAGCAAAGGCAUCACGACCAAUACGCCAUGAGUGAUCCCAACGUCUACGCCCACCAGCCUCUGCAAGCAAAUGCCGCUCAGGGCGACUUCUCAGCAGCCGCCGUCGACAACCGUCAUGUCGCUGCCAAGGCCGGAGCUGCCGCUGGUCAGGCCGUCGACAAGCAACAAAAGAAGGAACAAGCUAGAAAGGAUGUCGACCCCGAAGUGCUCGAGCGCAUCGUUGCAGAGGAGCGUGAGGCCAAGGGCAAGCUCCCUAGAUACCCCGGAUUGGAAAGAUGGAGCCUCGUCGAGAAGAUGGGCGAUGGUGCUUUCAGUAACGUCUACCGUGCAAGAGAUAGCCAAGGUGUCUACAACGAGGUUGCCAUCAAGGUUGUGAGAAAGUUCGAGAUGAACUCGACCCAGGGCGACAAGGUUCUUCAUCCGGAUUUCAAGAAGACGCCCAAGGGAGUGGAGCGUGCCAACAUCCUCAAGGAAGUUCAAAUCAUGCGUCAACUCGACCACCCUAACAUUGUCAAGCUUGUCGAGUUCUCCGAGGCCCGCCAGUACUACUACAUCGUCCUUGAGCUCUGCCCUGGUGGUGAGCUCUUCCACCAGAUCGUCCGUCUCACCUACUUCAGCGAGGACUUGUCACGACACGUCAUCGUCCAAGUGGCCAAGGCUUUGCAGUACAUGCACGAGGAAGCUGGUGUUGUCCACCGUGACAUCAAGCCUGAAAACUUGCUCUUCUACCCUACACCCUUCGUCCCUACCAGAAACCCCAAGCCCAGAGGGCCUGAUGACGAGGACAAGGCCGACGAAGGUGAAUUCAUCAAGGGCGUUGGUUCUGGUGGUAUCGGUCUGAUCAAGGUCGCCGACUUCGGUCUCUCCAAGGUCAUCUGGGACAGCCAAACCAUGACUCCUUGCGGUACCGUCGGCUACACCGCCCCCGAGAUUGUCAAGGAUGAGCGUUACUCCAAGUCCGUCGACAUGUGGGCUCUCGGCUGUGUUCUCUACACUCUUCUCUGCGGUUUCCCUCCAUUCUACGAUGAGAGCAUUCAGGUCCUCACCGAGAAGGUUGCCAAGGGCCAGUACACUUUCCUGUCUCCUUGGUGGGAUGACAUUUCCAAGUCUGCCCAAGAUCUUGUCUCACAUCUCUUGACUGUCGACCCCGACAAGCGUUAUGACAUCAACCAGUUCCUCGAGCACCCCUGGAUCCGUGAGUCCGAGGAAGAGACCCACGCCGCCGCCGAUGCUCCUCCUCUCGCCACUCCUCUCUACAAGCAACCCCACUCUGCCGACUACGACUCAAAGACUCCCCUCCAGCCCAACUUCGCUUACCUCGACGAGACUCCCGGUGCCGGAAAGCGUUCGGACUUCCGUUCGCCUGGUGCUGUCAACUUGCGCGAGGUCUUCGAUGUCUCAUACGCCGUCCACCGUCAAGAAGAGGAGGGUAAGCGUCGCAAGAACUUCAAGCAAGGAUACCGCGGUGCCAAUGGCAUCAACUCUCUCAACGCACCUGACGAGGACGAGGAGGAUGAGUACGGCCAAUCACAACCUUACGACGCUUCAUCAGCAAACCCUCCGGCCAAGGUUCCCAAGUCCGGUGCACCUGAUGUUACUGGUGUCGAACGUCAAAUGCGCAACACAUCAUUGUCAGCUGCCGCCCAAGCUCGCCAGCAGGCGGCUCCUCGCGCAGCACCGCAGGAGAAGGGCUACGGUCAGCACAGUGCCGCUGUCGCUGCUGCAGCCAAGCGCCAGGUCAAGAACCGUGGCGCUUUCGAGCUGAGCCUGGAUAACGCCACACUAUUGGGUCGCCGCAAGAAGCCCGAGCCCAGUGGCUUGAGAGAGCAGAUGACUGUGCAAUAA